AUGGCUCAAAUAAAAAAUCCCCAACAUUUCCCCUAUUUCCCAUCCCCUCCUAAAUUUCUGCCGCCGGCGAUCCCGCCGCCACCCCGAGUUAUAUUUCCUCCACCACCACCACCGCCGCUGCCGCCGCACCAUAGUCCCCCACCCCUAAAACCCCCAAAUAAUCCAAUUCCACCACCUCCCCCGCCAACACAAAAUCCUCCACCACCACCACCACAACAUCCCCCUCCACCACUACCUCCGCCACGGCCGCCUCAUAUUGCUCCGGCACCACCGCCGAUACCAGUCCCCGGAAACCAUUCGACGGUGAUCAUCUACAUUUUCGUUUUGAUCGGUGGAGUGUUCUUUCUGGCAUCUCUUGCAGCUGCUCUUUUCUGCUGGAUUCGAAAGCGAAACAAGAGAACCGUUGAGGAAGUGGAUAGAGUUCAAAUGGAAGAACACGUUAAAGUCCACGAAGAUAUCGUUGAGGGUCCCCAUGGAUCGAAGAAAAUUAUGCUGACAAUCGACGAUGAUGUCUGUAUUGAGGAAGAGAUCAAGAAGAAUGUCGUUCCAAUAAAGGGAUCCGACUAUUAA